AUGAUCAGCCUCCGCCUUGGCGCAUAGGGAAGCUCGUCUGUACCUCUACUACUGCUUCCGAGAGAAAAAACAACAGGCUGGCCAACAUGCUGCCAUAGGUGAACACCUGGUGAUUAUGCAGAACGGCGCUUACAUGACGUUUUUGUUUUUUUUUUACCAAUUUUCCGGAUUGGUAUUAGGUUUUUGAUCACUAACGGGGCAAAAAGUAAGGUUUCCGCGGAGGGAUACGGAGCACCGAGAUGGGAAACAUGAUACUGGUGGUGUUCCUGCUGUUACACCUGUCAACAGUGCUGCUUUCCAUUCAGGUGAUCGUCCCAGAGAUUGAGAGAAAAACAGCGCUGUUCGCCUCUGUGAUAAUCCGCUGCGACUACUCAACUUCAGCCAACCCUCAGGAGGUCCUCGUCACAUGGAAGUUCAAGUCCUUCUGUAAAGACCCGAUUCUGGAGUACUACUCGGCAGCUUAUCAGGCGGCUCUGCACCUCGGUCAGGAUCCUGCCAAUGACUGUCCGGACAGCCAGCGCACAGUUCGCACUGUCAUCCAGAAGAGAGGCAUCAAUGAGGCAAUGCUGGGGCUAGAGUACAGAAAUCGCAAAAUCACAGUCCAGAACAAAGCUGAUUUAGUGAUCAAUGAGGUGAUGUGGUGGGAUAAUGGCAUGUAUUACUGCAGCAUCGAUGCUCCUGGUGACACCACGGGCGACUCUGAUCAAGAAGUCAGACUCAUCGUGUACCACUGGCUAACCGUCCUGUUUAUCAUCAUUGGCGCUCUGUUGCUCAUCAUGCUCUUCUGCAUAUGCUGCUGUCAGUGCUGCCCCCAAAAUUGCUGCUGCUACAUUCGCUGUCCCUGUUGUCCUCGGACCUGCUGUUGUCCUGAAAAAGCUGUGAUGCAGCACCGGAUGCUGAAAGAAGCUCAGAAAGCCAUGGUUCCCUGGGUGAACGGUCACCCUAUUUAUACAACCAUCAGCAAUGCCUCCUCCCUGGGUGUUCCCCUGCUGUACUCAGUCCCAGCCUCAAUGUCAGAUUACCCAACUAAGCAAAAUAUCUCCAUGACUCCCAUGCAUUUGGCACCCAUGGCCCCGCAGCAGCAGCAGCCCCCUUUGCAUACACAAUACAUGAUGAAUGGCAGCCUGCGUAGCAGCAUUCAAGGUGCCAACCCAAUGCUGGACUACCUGGAGAACCAGGUGAGGGGGCUGGAUGUGGUGCCCCCUCAAAUUGCACCACACAUUGUGCGAAACAUACCCCCUUUACAGCCCCAUCUGCAGCCCCAACCCUCUCCUCCAGCAGUGCCCUAUGCCCCCGGCCCGCCAAGCAUGUUGUCAGCGCUGAAUGAGAUGGGGGUCAAAGGGAUGGAGAGAAGGGUGAUCACUCUGCCUCCUAUCAUCCAGCAUGUUCCCAGCUUUUCCUCCCGCAGGGACCAUGCUGGUGGAGACAGGGCCAGGGGAUAUCCAAGAAUGUCCAGUCAGUCUAGUGGGAGCACCAACCACUCAGGAGGGGGCCCACAGCGAGACAGUCAUGGGUACAAAAGCAGAGAUGACCCCCUGCCAAGACAGGGGAUAUUGCGUGAAUACAGCGAUGAUUUGGACUGGGACAACAGGCGAGGCAGAGCGACACCCAGGGGUUCAAGGAAUGAGAGAGGCAGUUCCGCUGGGAGGAGAGGGCGAGGGUCCAGGCUGCGAAUCCGAAGCGGAGACGACAUAAUGGAGGAGCUGCAUAGCAGAUCAGCAAGGAGGGAGAGGAGCUACUCCCCUCCCCGGCUCCGCAAAGGGUCCUGGAGCUCAGAUGACGAGGUCAGUAGCAGGAGGAAAAGACGCAAAGGAAAGGAUUGGCCAGAGAAACCCCCCAGCUACUACUCCACUGAGAUCCAACCUAGUCGGAGCAACUACGACUGUUUUUCUGUAAGAUCCUCCCCUAUUACUGACACUGAACCAGCAAAGUGCUAAACCUUAACCUAUUUAUGUUGUAUUCUGCCACUGCCUUUUGUUUUUAGUCUUUACCUCUUUCUUUCUUCUUCAACCUAUGAGAGGAGUGGCUUUGAAAACUGUCCCCCACUUCGUAGCAGAGUGGGGUAUCUCACACAGCUAAUGCUGCAAACAUAAAGGUCAAUCUCAGUUUAGGUCCACUUUGAAGAAACGCCUCUUUGGUUGUAGUCAAACAUACUCCAAAGCUAAAAAUGGCCUUAAAGCUUGCAGUGACACAAUGAACUGGUGCACAAAUCUUGGAAGCUAUGUGCAAACAACUGGAUGUUAAAACAGAAAUAUACCUACUUUAUUGCUAACUGAUACAGUGUGUGUUGCCAGAUUUUGUGAGAAUUUUCUGCAGAGAAACAGAUCUAAAAAAAAGGUAACUUAGUCUGAAGGCUUCAUCUGAUCAUUUUUCUGCUUGAAACAUCUGAAAAAUUGGCUUUUUUAAACUGGCUGCUGCUAAUCUUGCCUGUCUAUGGUACAAAAGAAUCAGACUUUGUGUUCUUGCUCACUUAUUUGUGGGAAUACAUUCAGAGGCUUUAGUCUAAUAAUGGGAAAAGCUGCAACAUUGCAGUCCAGAUGAUGGUUUGUUAGCUAACCAUCUCAAACCUUUUCUUCUUCUAUUUUGCUGCUGAAGAGGCUAAGAUAAAAGAAAGUUAGCAAAGCACACAUGAACGAGAGCAAACUAAAUAUCCAACUGUUCCACAGACCUUUCACACUGCCCCCAAGUGGCAGCAGGUGGGUACAACGCAUACAUGUGCAAAACUCAUGCCAUUGUCUAGCUUCGUAUAGAUUAGUUUCUUCCUCUUCUUUGGUGCUUCUUUGUGUUUCUGUCUGUGUUUUUGCUUGUGGUAAUCAUGGCAUCUCCUUCUUAAACUCUAACUUCAACUUUGUCACUUUUUUUUCUCUUAGGAUAGAGGCUCCCAUAGCAGUACCAGCGUAGUCAUCUGAAACAUUUCUCUCUUAUAUUCUUCUGUUUCCACAUCGGUGAAAUUAAGAAGUUUGUAACUAGCUGUUUAAUAGACUGAAAUAAAAUGUUUGACAGACCUAUAAUGUGCACUCUAUGUGCGUAUUUGAACUUCAAAUCCAUUGUGUGUAAUUGCAGCAAUUAAAAAAAAAUCAUGUUUAUGGCCUUUUAUAAUUGGUCUUUUUUUAUGCGAAUCCUUCUGUUUCUGUGCAUUUUCCUGGUAAUGGACAAAUUUCCUUUAGGCUAAUGUAAACAUCAGUUUCAACAAACAUAUCAAGUAUGGUGUUUUGUUUCUACAUAAUUUUCAUUUUGCAUAACUUUUUGUAAGGUUUAAGCAUUUUUGUAUUUAUCUUUAACAGUGAAACAAGGCAGCAACAGCUAAAGCAGAAGGCACAGAUUAUUACACUGAACAGAUUAGUUUAGAAGUCACUGUUGGCACUGAAUAAACACUCAAAUAUUGCAUAAAUGUGAUAAUACCUAACAAUUUAUUUUGUGACAGAUAUAGUGAUGUAUAUGAAAUAUGUGUUGUUGUUUUUAAUAAACAUAUUUUAGAUACAA